AUGUCAACGAUGGCGUCCUCCAAACUUCUUUGCCUUUCUUUUUUUUUAGUCGUCGUUGCAGCUGCUUCUCCCAUGCUUCUUAAAUUCCACGACUUUUCUAACUCAGUCUGGGGUGAAAUUAGGUCCAAGAUGCAAACGGUAAACCCAUGGCUCUUGGCUCUGGGUUCCUUAUUGCUUGGGUACGUUUUGUGGAAACUUUGGAGAAUUUUAUUUUUGCCUUUAGAAAUGAAGCGACAACUCCAUGAAACUGGUUAUUUAUCCGAUGGAAAGCGACCAUUAAAAGAAAUAGCAAACGAAGUUCGAAAACGGAGGCAAUGUGGCGAUAUUCCACCUGUGUAUCCCAAUGGUUGGUUUCACGUCCUCGCGUCGCGCGAGCUGGCGGUCGCUGAGGUAAAGUACGUUUCUAUGCUAGGCGAGCAACUAGCAGUUUUCCGGGGAACUGAUGGUAAAGCGCAUAUUGUGAACGCUUAUUGCCCUCAUCUGGGAGCUAAUCUAGGAAUUGGAGGAAAGGUUGUGGGAAAUUGUCUACAAUGUCCAUUCCAUGGUUGGACGUUCCGCGGCGAGGAUGGCAAGUGUGUCAAGAUCCCGUACAGUGACAAAGUGCCCGAUUUUGCAAAAACCAAGGCUUGGCCUUGUUUAGAGGUGAACUGUACAAUUUAUAUGUGGUAUCAUGCGGAAGGAACCGAGCCCACUUGGACACCGGAUGUAAUAGACGAGAUCAAAAAUGGGUCUUGGACGUAUCGAGGGUUUACACAACACUGUAUCAAUGCACACAUUGAGGUAACCUAUUUUUGUUUAUUCUUUUAGAUUUUUCUGUUUCAUCAAAUACAAAGUAACAGCUUUGGCAAAAGAAAGUUGAAAAGUGUAGUGGCGGGAGUGGCAAUUAUUUUUUUAAGCUUUAUUAAAGUGUUCCGCGUUCCAUGACGUUNAACUCCAUGAAACUGGUUAUUUAUCCGAUGGAAAGCGACCAUUAAAAGAAAUAGCAAACGAAGUUCGAAAACGGAGGCAAUGUGGCGAUAUUCCACCUGUGUAUCCCAAUGGUUGGUUUCACGUCCUCGCGUCGCGCGAGCUGGCGGUCGCUGAGGUAAAGUACGUUUCUAUGCUAGGCGAGCAACUAGCAGUUUUCCGGGGAACUGAUGGUAAAGCGCAUAUUGUGAACGCUUAUUGCCCUCAUCUGGGAGCUAAUCUAGGAAUUGGAGGAAAGGUUGUGGGAAAUUGUCUACAAUGUCCAUUCCAUGGUUGGACGUUCCGCGGCGAGGAUGGCAAGUGUGUCAAGAUCCCGUACAGUGACAAAGUGCCCGAUUUUGCAAAAACCAAGGCUUGGCCUUGUUUAGAGGUGAACUGUACAAUUUAUAUGUGGUAUCAUGCGGAAGGAACCGAGCCCACUUGGACACCGGAUGUAAUAGACGAGAUCAAAAAUGGGUCUUGGACGUAUCGAGGGUUUACACAACACUGUAUCAAUGCACACAUUGAGGUAACCUAUUUUUGUUUAUUCUUUUAGAUUUUUCUGUUUCAUCAAAUACAAAGUAACAGCUUUGGCAAAAGAAAGUUGAAAAGUGUAGUGGCGGGAGUGGCAAUUAUUUUUUUAAGCUUUAUUAAAGUGUUCCGCGUUCCAUGACGUUCACUGAGUUCGCAAGUAGAGAAAUGUCACGUAACUAAAAAGGUUUAAGAAUUAGAUAAGGCUUAGCGUGAUAUGUCGAGAAGUUCUCAAGUUGAACAGCUUCCUUAUAUUUUUCUUGAACAAAAAUCCACAGGAUAGGCGAUUCUUUUAUUUCAUUUUUGUGCUCAGUCGAGUGUUUACAUAGCUGCAAUCUAUUUAUGCAACUGUUAGUUAAAUGUGCUUUAGUUAUAGAGAAGCUCUCUUUCCACAUUAGUCAUAUGGAUAUCGAACAUAUGAUAGUUAUAAGUGUACGUUGUGAUAUCAAAAUGCAAGAAUGUUUUAGAAAAUGAAAGAAAAACAAAAUAGAAUCAAAGGAGAGUGUAAAUUGUUUAGAAGAAUCAUUAAUUGCCAUAGUAAUUGUGUUGCCUUGCUUGCUUGCCUGAGGCAAAUUUCACUGCAUAAGAAUGAGCCUUUUCCUCACGUAUUCCGUGCUGAUACUUUCAGUUUCUGUUCACUACUAACAGUGGCCGAUUUGUGGGAGUUUGAAAAAAAUCCUAACUUCCAUGUUGGGAAAAUUAUACAGAAAGGCCAAUAGAACCAAAAUUAUAUAUGCAAAGUUCCAACUUAAAGGUUAUUGCAAGAUUAAACUAAUCAAAUUUAUAGAUAAAACUAUAAAGUUUUGUUGAGGGAUGCAACUAUCAUAUAACAUUUGAACUUAAAAUGAUUGACCGUGGAUGACAUAAUUUUUGUCAUGUAAUGCGUGGUUCAAUUUGAUUUGUAACCAUCCCGUCCUCCCCGGGCACACCCCCAGGGAUUUUCAAUUUUUUUCUUUUUUGGAGGCCUAUUCCCCACCCCGGGCAAGCAGAAAGUGACAUCAUUCCCCACCCUCGAGCUCCCGAUCGACUUCAUAUACGUCUUUUGGUCCUGGGGGGGGUACUUUAGGAAUUUCUGGGUGGGGAUGUGCCACAAAAUCCGCCCUAUCCUAGAGUAGCUGUUUUCCAGAAACUACUGAGGUCACUAGCACAGUCUAGCCAAAACAAAACCUUAUACCACAAUCCCUAGUCUAGAUAAAAUCUUCAACCAACUGAUCAGUUUCCUGGAAAAUGAUACCCUAUUCUAGACCCAAACGCUCUGAUUUAUAUACCCUAUCCUAGAGUAAACUGCUUGAAAACCAUACCCUUCACAGCAGCACAUACCCAUAUAGCCCAUAUAUGGUGGUACCCCCCCCCCUCCCCCAGGCUUUUGGUACAUCUUUUUCAUCCAUACAAAAGUGAAACAAGAUGUUUUCACAACUUUUAUAAAUGUUUCUCUGAGUUUAUUGAGAGAAGUAUAAUGGAUGUCAUAAUGUAGUUAAGACAUGAACCAUGAAUUUGAAAAUGGACCGAAUCUCUGUUUCUCUCUAUAUAUCAAAAGCGUUGUAUUCGUUUUCACAUAAGUUUUCUUAUCGUUAUUUAAAGGGAGGCUGAAGAAGUAUUUCUAAUUACAAAUUUUAUAUUAAUUUAUCACAUCUGUAAUUUCUACUCAUUUCUUUGAUCAAGUUCAGAUAUUUUUCCCUGAGUGGGAGAGGGUGACCUGAGUAACAUGUUCUUAGUGUCAAUUAUAAGCACAAGAAUUUUCAUGCUGCUUUGAGAACACUGCUGCACUAAAAAAAUCGCAAUUUAUCAAUAUUUAUAAUGUUUUGCAAUAUUAUUUCAAGGAGGUUCCAGAGAACGGGUCAGAUAUCACCCAUCUAAACCACCUCCAUACCUCACCAUUCAUCACUGGAGCUGACCUGAGAUACAACUUUUUGGACUGGUGCCAGGUGGUUGCACAUCACAGCUGGUCAGCUCAGUGGGAACCACAUGAAGAUGAAAAGCAUGUUGGCCAACUGCAGUUAACACAUUCCUUUGUUUUGUUUGGGUAUAAAAUUCCAUCGCUAGACUUCCAUGUGACAGCUAGACAGGUAGGUGGUCAGUGUUGUCCUGCAGAAAUACCUACACCUAGUUUUUUUAAUUUUUAAUUUUAACAGUUUUUACAAUGUUUUUUAAGAUUAAUUACUAAUUAAUUAAAGACUGACAUAAAAGAAAAACCAAAGUAAAGAUAACACCAACAACAAAAAGAAAAAAGAAAGAUGCUAUACAAAUGAAUACAAUAAGAAAAUAACAAACGAGAAAAAACAAGCAACACUUAAAUACAUUAAACAAAUACAUAUUUCUUAAAAGGCCAGGCGCCGAAAUUAUGAUAAUUACUAUGGCCUUUGGGAUUUGGGACAACAGCAAGGAGAAAUAGAAUUUGAAUAUACGGUACUCUUCUUGCUCCCAAUAAAACAAAAACCCCACAAAGAUAACUAAUGCGGGUUAUUAGGGUUGACCUCUAAAAAAGGAAAACAAAAAAGAAAAAGCUACAAGAGACUAUUUUUAGUAAGAGGGACAAGAACUAAUAAAGCGUUAAAUAUAUUACACUAUUGUGACGCAGCCUAGUCUGUUCAAUGACAUUGUGGACGUCCUUCUGGUAAUUUUGCUUUGGAGCUGUAAAGGAGGUCUCCCAUGUAUUUGAGAGCUCGACCCAAUCCCCUUGCACCUUAUACCUGUUACAGGUUCUCAUUUUGUCUGCAAAAACGAAAGCUAAUAAAAAUUUGAGUUAUGAAUGGGUGAAUUCAACCAGUGCAUCACAUGUAAAGCUUUUUGUUUAAUCAUCAUGAUAGAUAUGUUGUGGUUUAAAAAUUUCCUUGGUUUAAAAUUUUUUAAACCAGUUUAAUUUUUGUUUUUUUUUGUCUCUGAUUAUGGUAAUUGAUUUUAGACAAAGGAAAGUAAAAAUUAAACUGGCUUGAAAAAUUUUAAACCAAGGAAAAAUUUGAACCACAACAUAUACAUCCCUCUGCAAAUUCAUUCAUGUAUGUAGCCCUCAAGAACUGCACAAUUAUGUAAUGAAUAUAUGGCUAAUAGAACAAAAUAAAAAAUACAUAAUAUACAUAACAAAUAAUUGUAAUAAAAUAUUAUUUUUAUUAUUACGAUUAUGAUUAUAUGAGUUGUUUUUAAUUUUUCCUAUAACUCUUUAUCUCUUCACCUAAUCAAUCUCUGUAAUUUUUUUUCUUUCUUAAAAUUGUGUCCAUUUUUCCUGUAUUUUUCAUUCCUUUUUUUCUCUUUUCUUGUCAUCUCACAAUAAUUAUCUCAACAAAGAUAAAUGACUGUAUUUUUUUUCAAUGUAGGCUGGACCUGGCCUGGUUUUUAUGAAGUUUAAGAGUAUCUUUGGUGAUGGGAUCUUUCUUCAUUCCCUUACACCAAAGGAACCCCUUCUACAGACUAUGUGUCAUCAUAUCUAUGCUUCCUGGACAAUUCCUACUUUUCUGGCCAAGUUUUUGCUUUAUGUUGAAGCUAUUCAGGUAUAAACAAUAAGUUAUGUUGUUGUUUUAUUGAGGGGACAUUAGUUUUUGGCCUUAAAGUUUAUGAUGUAUAAAGUUUCAUUAUUGUUGCACUUCUCAUUGUUGUUAUAAAACUGAAUGUUAAGUUUUUGAGAGGAACUAAGUUGUACAUGUGAAUCGUUCUUUAUUCAAUUUGGGAAAAUUCCAGUUUAAUUAGUCCAAAAAUGUUGGUUAAGUUAAGUUAAAGUAAGAAGCUUGGUGUUCAAACGAGUUGUCUUUAGAAUUAAAAAUUAUGGGUUACAUUUAACUGAAAAAAUAAAUUUAAGUUGAAUUAUAUGUCUUUAAGUUUAACAGUGAAGAAGUUUAUUAUCAGUCUACAAAAAACUCCACAUUUUCUAUAAAUUUAUCAUUAUUAGCAAUUAUCUGUUAAAUUUGUAAACUCGGUUUUCAUUUUUAAUUUAUUGAUUCCUUUUAAAAAGCUGUCUUUGGUAAAUUUAACAAAGUAAAAAUAAAAUAUUAUUAGUUUUAUUUAUUUAACUAUAUUUGGAACUUCAAAUAGGUUGAACGUGACAUCAUGAUAUGGAACCACAAGACGUAUUUGUCAUCUCCACUUUUAGUGAAAGAAGAUCAGUUAAUAAAAAAGCAUCGACGAUGGUACUCACAAUUCUUCUCUGAGAACAGUCCACGCCUUUCCAUGAAGAAAGAGACAUUAGACUGGUGA